GGGAGAUACUACAAGCCAAGAGAGACCAUCCUGACAAAUGAAUGCCAGCAGAGCUGCACCUGCGUUUCCACCAGAGAGGUGACCUGCAAAGCCCACAGCUGUGCCAGAGAAGAAACUUGCCAGAUCAGAGACGGUAUCAUGGACUGCAUCAGCAAAGAUCCCUGCAAAACCCUGAAAUGCCGGAUCAAGGAGAGAUGCAAAAUUGAAAAUGGCCAAGAGGCAUGUGUUCCUGCCUACACUGGAAUCUGCCAGGGCUCAGGGGAUGCACAGUACCAAACUUUUGAUGGCCUGAAGUUUGAUUUGCAGGACACCUGCAAGUACACCAUCGCUAAGUACUGUGGCAGCGACCCUACCCUGGAGUCCUUCACCAUUGAUGAGAAGAAUGACAACAGGGGGAACCAGGAAAUCUCCUUUUGGCAAGUGACCAAUAUCUAUGUCUAUGGGUACAACAUCUCCAUCUACAAGAGGGAAGUUGGCAAAGUCCGGCUGAACAGUGUGAUCACCAGUCUCCCAGUGACACUGAAAGAUGGUAAAAUCAAACUGUACCAGAAAGACCUCAGCACAGUCCUGCAGACAGACUUUGGCCUCCAGAUCACAUAUGACAAAAAUUGGCACGUAGUGAUCACCCUCCCCAGCAGCUAUUAUGGGGCCAUGUGCGGCCUAUGUGGGAACUUCAACCAGAAUCCAGACGAUGACAUGAUGUCAUCCAAAGGCACCAGCGUCUCCUCCAUCAUGGACUGGGCUGACAGUUGGAAAGUCCAAGACCGGGACCCCCUUUGCUGGGAUUAUUGCCAAAAGACUUGCCCAAAGUGUGAUCUGUAUGGGGAUGACAGUCACUGUGGGAUGAUCAGUAAAGCACUGGGAGGGCCCUUCAGAGAGUGUCACUCCAGGGUGAGCGCUGAUGACUUCUUUGACAGCUGCAUCUAUGACAUGUGUCUGAAUGAGGGGGACAAAAGCAUUCUGUGUGAGGCGCUGGAGGCCUACGCAAAUGCCUGCAGGAGGCAUGGGGUCACUGUUGAUGACUGGAGGACGCCGUCCAGUUGUGAUCCCUGCAAAGCUCUGAAAUGCCGGACCAAAGAGACAUGCCGGACUGAGGAUGGCCACACAUCAUGUAUUCCUGACUACAUGGGAACCUGCCUGGGCUCAGGGGACAUGAACUACCAAACGUUUGACGGUCUGAAGUUUGACUUCCAGGGCACCUGCACCUACACCCUGGCCAAAUACUGUGGGAGCGACGCCACCCUGGAGCCUUUCACCGUUGAUGAGAAGAACGCCAAUAGGGAAAACCAGGAUAUCUCCUUUCUGCGAGUGACCAAUGUCUACAUCUAUGGGUACAACAUCUCCAUCUACAAGAGGGAAGUUGGCAAAGUCCGGCUAAAUGGUGUGAUCACCAGUCUCCCAGUGAUGCUGAAAGACGGUAAAAUCAGACUAUACCAGAAAGGCCUCAGCACCGUCAUGCAAACGGACGUUGGUCUCCGGGUGGGAUACAACAAGAACUGGCAUCUGGAAAUCACCCUCCCCAGCAGCUAUUAUGGUGCCGUGUGCGGUCUUUGUGGGAACUUCAACCAGAACCCAGGAGAUGACAUGAUGUCCUCCAACGGCAUCAAAGUCUCCGUCAUCGUGGACUGGGCUUCCAGUUGGAAAGUCCAAGACCGGGACCCCUUUUGCUGGGAUUAUUGCCAAGAGACUUGCCCAAUGUGUGAUGAGAGCAAGAGAGAGCUGUAUGGGGAUGACAGUCACUGUGGGGUGAUCAGUAAAGCACCGGAAGGGCCCUUCAGAGAGUGUCACUCCAGGGUGAGCCCCGACAGGGUUUUUGACAACUGCAUUUACGACGUGUGUCUGAAUGAACAGGACAAGACCAUUCUGUGUGCGUCACUGGAGGCCUAUGCAGACUUCUGCAGGGACCAUGGAGUCACUGUCUAUGACUGGAGGACGCCGUCCAGCUGUGAUGAAUCUCGAGAAACCUGCCAAACCCUGAAAUGCCGGACCAAGGAGACUUGCAAGACAGAGGAUGGCCAUGCGACAUGUGUUCCCGACUACGUGGGAACUUGCUGGGGCUGGGGGGACCCACAUUAUCACACUUUUGAUGGCCUGAAGUUUGACUUCCAGGGCACUUGCACCUACACCAUUGCCAAGUACUGUGGCCAUGACCGCUCCCUGGAGCCCUUUACCAUUGAUGAGAAGAAUGAUAACAGGGGCAGCCAGGCCAUCUCCUUUCUACGAGUGACCAACAUCUAUGUCUAUGGGUACAACAUCUCCAUCUACAAGAGGGAAGUUGGCAAAGUCCGG